UUUAGAUCAAUGUCUCUUGUAUGCCCCCAAACCUUCCAUUUCAUAUCUCUUAUUUCUUCAUUGAGCUAACAAUGGAACCCAAUUGUGUUCAAUUUCUCCAUAACAAGACGAUCCUCGUCACGGGGGCUUCGGGUUUCCUUGCAAAGGUGUUCGUGGAGAAAAUCCUGAGGGUGCAACCAAACGUGAAGAAGCUUUACCUACUCGUUAGGGCCCCAACUAAGGAAUCGGCCAUGCAACGCUUACGCAUUGAGGUCCUUGAGAAAGAUCUGUUUAGGGUAUUGAAAAAGGAUCUCGGCGACGAAAAUCUGAACAAGUUUGUGUCGGAAAAAGUCGUACCGGUCCCCGGUGACAUCUCGAUGGAUGAUCUAGGAGUUGACGACUUUGAUCUCAGACAACAGAUGUGGGAACAUAUCGAUGUCGUCGUGAAUGUAGCUGGCAAUACGAAUUUCGAUGAAAGAUAUGACAUUGCUCUUGGCAUCAAUACAUUCGGCGCUCUCAAUGUCCUGAACUUCGCCAAAAAUUGCGUGAAACCACAGUUGCUUCUCCAUGUCUCAACCGCUUAUGUUUGCGGAGAGAAGUCGGGACUGUUACUAGAGAAAUCAUUAGAGACUCUUAACGGAAACGGAAAAUUAGACAUAAACGCGGAAAUGGAGUUGAUGAGGCGAACAUUGAAAGAACUCCACAAUCGAGAUUGUUCAGAGGACGAAACUGCGGACUCGUUGAAAGAUCUCGGAAUGAAAAGAUUGAUUAGGGCAAGGCUUCAUGGAUGGCCAAACACGUACGUGUUCACCAAAGCAAUGGGGGAGAUGCUUUUGGGGGAUAACAGAGGAAGCAUGCCUCUUGUCAUCGUGCGUCCCUCGAUGAUCACGAGCACUUUCUCAGAACCAUUUCCUGGUUGGAUUGAAGGUUUGAGAACCAUCGACAGCGUGAUCGUAGCGUAUGGAAAAGGGAAGCUCAAGUGCUUUCUUGGUGAUCCGAACUCCGUCUUUGAUCUUAUACCGGUAGAUAUGGUGGCGAACGCUAUGGUUGUGGCCGCGGCUGCGCAUAAGGGCGAUCCCGAGGCUCAUAUGGUGUACCAUGUCGGUUCAUCUUGCCAAAAUCCGUUCAUUUUACGACAGCUUCCUGAGUUUGCCGCUCGAUACUUCCGCAAAAACCCUUUGAUCGGCCGUGAUGGCUCGCCCGUCGUAGUUUCCCACUUCACUAUCCUAUCGACUAUGGCUCGCUUCACCCUCUUCGUGACCCUAUGUUACAAGCUUCCUUUGCAGCAGUUGUUAUGGUUGAUUAAUGUAAUUUACCCCCGGCGAUAUGGAGACAAAUAUGAAGAACUCGACCGCAAGAUCAGAUUGGUGAUGAGAAUGAUAGAGCUUUACAAGCCUUACGUACUCUUCAAGGGCAUAUUUGAUGAUAUAAACAGUCAAAGACUACGACUGGAGAGGAAGGAGGAAUUGUUCAAUUUCGAUCCCAAAUGUAUUGAUUGGGAAGACUAUAUGAUAAACACACAUAUUCCUGGUGUCAUCACUCAUGUGCUAAAAAAAUAGAUUUACAAAAGAAAAUAAAAACAUGAAUCAUUAUUUUAUACAAAUCAAUCAAUGUUACAUUGAUAAUAUAUAUAGUGAUAUUGUUUUUUUUUUUUUAUAAUCCGGAAGUUCACCGGGCCUUUGGCCUGACUACAUUUCCCAGAGGAUCGAGGAAACCCAGGUGAAUGCCCCUCCCCACGCGCUUACCUGCGGAGUUCUGAUAAGAUCCGGUGCAUUAGUGUUAUAGUGAUAUUGUUGUAUCGAUUUUGCAAUCAUUUUCUAUAUAUCACCUAAAUUACUUCCCGAAUUAUCUAUUGUAAACUUAUUGCCUAUUGAUUAUUUCAAUUCAUUGA